AUGUCAAUCAAGAUAAACAAAGAUGAGAGUAAGCGGGUGCACGUGUGGAUAAGGAGUGCCAUCGGCACGCCCAACAGGAGGCAAUACAAGCAUAAGAAUAUUAUGUAUCCAUAUUUUCGCAUGUACAAGUCACCAUACAGAGCGCGCGACUCGCGGACUCGACAGGCAUUCUGGCCAUGCGUUGACAAGUACCCAUGGCACACACACCAGAAAAGGUGGUUAAAACCAGAAGAACUAAAUGUAGAAUUUUUUUCCGAGUUUGUUAAUAAGCCGCCAGACAAGAAAAACCUAUUUGAAACGUGCCACACUCUGCCGCUUAAUGGAGUCAACUGCCUUUUUUGGAAUCCGAUUUAUCUACAUAGUCAUAAGUAUUUUGCAAAAUGUAGCAAAGCGAAGGAGGCGGAUGAAGAGGAUACAACAGAGGAGGAAAAGAAGGAUGUGGACGGAGGGGAACACCCUGUGGUGGAGGGGUCCACACUCAUGGGCAGUAAUGCAAAUAAAAAGGUGAUAAGGAUAAACAACUUCUACUACAUUGUCCAUAGCCAGACCAAAAAUAAUCUUUACUUUUACCUGAAGUGUAUCCGCUAUAGCAUGAGGCCCUUCAGAGGAAAAAUAAUUGGAGAUCUGUACAUGAAUGAAAAAAAAAUACGAAGCAACAUUUCCACAAAUGGGAUAAUAAAUGGGGAGUGGAAAUAUUCCUUUCCGCAUGUUAGGAUAAGUGAAAAGUUUUCUGACCUAGUGUUAGAUGAUUCUGUCGAGGAAGAAGAGUCGGAGGGGGAGAUAAUGGACCAGUUGGUUAUAGCGGAUAAGUACACAUAUCGGCCUCCUCUCCCCAGGUGUUUUACCGGAACAUGA